CUGGGAGUUCGCUUUCGAAGUUUCUUUAUCCUCGAACGCACCGGAACUUCCCUGAGAUCCCUGUCGACGGUGAAACUCGUUGUCGUUUCACCGUAUAAGAUCCCAUCGCGGACCGCCUUUGUCCUGGCAUCCGAUCGAUGUUUACCGUCGACUAAGAGAUAACAAAGGGGCGCUCAAGGCAUUAAGGCAUGUCUGCACCGCCGUUCCAGUCCCAUGGCUUCCAAACCUCGGUCGAUCUUGCUCGCCAGCAGGAGUAUUCUGUAGCUUCCCUGGCGGGGCACAAACGACUGCCGGAUCGCUCUCCGGAUAGUUCGAUCAAAACAUCGAGUACCAAACAAUCAGGUCAUUCGAUGGCGUCGGUGGAUUUCGUUCGUCCUCGUGUAACCUCCCCUGCUUCCAAGAACCGCUUGGUUGCGAGUGAAAUCUGUCCCGUGACGGCCGCCCAAGACCCCCGCCAACAAAGAACGGAUGCCGUGAUCCAGAAGUCAAACAGAGAUCCGAUCCUGUUUCUGGAACACCCUCGAUAUGGACUACCUCCUACGCUGGUCACUAACUUUGCCGCCGUCGGGGUGAGCAGCAUCUAUCCUUGGCAAUCGGCAUGUUUGCUUGCCCCCGGCCUCCUCGAAGGGAAGCGGCAUUUGAUUUAUACAGCCCCGACGGGUGGUGGCAAAUCCCUCGUGGCCGAUGUAUUGAUGCUGAAACGCAUCAUAGAAAACCCCUCCUGCAAAGCCAUCCUAGUUCUCCCCUACGUGGCGCUGGUCCAGGAAAAGCUCAAGUGGCUCCGGCGCAUUGUGCAGAAUCUUGAAAAGUAUGUGCACGAUGAUGACGAGGACCCAGCGCAGGCAAAGCCCUACUAUCAGCGAUGGAAAAAACUUCAGAAAUCAAUCCGUGUCGCUGGUUUCUUCGGUGGAAGCAGGACUACCGCCUCUUGGGCUGAUAUGGACAUCGCGGUCUGUACCAUAGAGAAGGCUAAUUCAUUAAUAAACACUGCGAUCGAAGAAUGUACCAUUGGGAAUCUAGGUGUCGUCGUUCUAGAUGAGUUGCACAUGCUUGACGAUGAACACCGGGGCUACCUUAUGGAACUGAUGGUUACCAAGUUGCUUCUGUUGCAGCAAGACAUCCAAAUUAUUGGCAUGAGUGCCACUCUUUCGAACACAGAAGUGUUGGCGGAAUGGAUGAACGCAGAAUAUUAUAUUUCGACCUAUCGACCUGUUCCGAUCGAUGAUUAUCUUGUCUAUGAAAAUGCAAUUUACCCCGCAGCUACGUCCCGGCAGCUCUUUCACACGAUUAAAAAAUUGGCGUCAACAGCAACCUCCAUCGCGGAUACUAUGCCUCCGCAUCGUAUGAUACAAGCUUCGACCUUCCGAGAACUCGCGAACCCGUCGACAAAUUCAAUGGUCGCUCUCUCCGUGGAUUCAGCUGCUGCAGGUUAUGGCGCCUUGGUGUUUUGUGGUAGCCGACAAGCUUGUCAGCUCCAUGCGGCCAUUAUCAGCGAGGCAAUGCCAGGGUCCUCUAUGGUCGACCCGGAGGAAUUGAGCAGACGACUUGACUUACUCGCUGAACUAAGAAGCCUUCCUAGUGGUCUUGAUCCCGCUCUAGAGAAUACUCUUCUCAAGGGAGUAGGAUUUCAUCAUGCUGGGAUGACUGCGGAAGAACGUGAACUCAUUGCGCAGGCUUAUGACCAAGGGACUUUGAGGGUGCUUGUGGCCACUUGCAGUCUUGCUGCAGGCGUCAACCUUCCAGCAAGAAGAGUUAUUAUAAACGGUGCACGUAUGGGUCGGGACUUGGUCGGUCCAGCCAUGCUCCGACAAAUGUGUGGACGAGCCGGUCGCAAAGGAAAGGACGAAGUAGGCGAGACGUAUCUAAUUUGCGGCAAAUCGGAUUUUGAGGCCGUAUGCGAUCUGUUGGAAGCCGAUAUGCCUGCCAUUGAAAGUUGUCUUGCCCCGGAAAAAAGGGGACUCAAAAGGGCACUUUUGGAGGCUAUAGCAACAGGACUCGUCUCAGGAUUCGAUGCAGUCAAAGAAUAUGUGAAAUGCACCCUACUUUGUCGAAUGGUAGACAAGAAGUUAGCCUAUAGCAUUAUGAAUUCCGCACUUCAAGAAUUAAUUCAUGAAGAGCUUCUUCUGCAGAAAGACGACGAAGCGUAUGAGGCGACACAGCUUGGACAAGCCGUGGUUGCCUCUGCCUUCGCCCCGGAAGACGGCCUUUUUGUCCAUGAAGAAUUGAGACGAGCCCUACAGGCUUUUGUGAUGGAUGGCGACAUGCACAUCUUUUACAUGUUCACUCCUCUCCAGGUGGCGGUCAACACUCAGAUAGACUGGCCUAUUUUCCGAGACCAACUGGAUUUCCUUGACGAUAGUGGUUUGCGGGCUUUACAGUUUGUCGGCGUGCAACCCGGCUUUGUAAAUUCGAUGGUACAGAGCGGUGCAUCUUUGAAGGAGAGUACCCCGGAGCAGGUGAAAACCGGUCGAAUAUACCGUCGCGCCUAUACUGCGUUCCAACUUCGUGACUUGAGCAAUGAAGUGCCACUGUCAACAAUUGCGAAUCGCUAUCGAAUCCCUCGCGGGGCGGUUCAAACCUUGGCUCAGCAAUGCCAUGGAUUCGCGGCCGGAAUGGUCAAGUUCUGUCAACGGAUGGGGUGGGGCAUGCUCGCCGCAGUCCUUGAUCAUAUGCGAGAUCGAUUGGAAGCCGGGGCCCGCGCCGAUCUACUGGAGAUGGCCCAGGUGGCUUACGUGAAAGGCUGGACUGCAAGGUUGCUUAGGGACAAUGGAUUCCGAAAUCUGCGAGCCCUGGCCGAAGCGGAUGCGAAGGACCUUGUCCCUGUUCUAAUGAUGGUGAAUCCGCGCAAAGCACAAAAGAGUCAACUGCAUCCCACUGAAGCGGAGCGCUAUUCUCAGAAACUGCUCGCCAAAGCGGAGAUUAUCAUUGCAUCAGCGAAUAAAAUUUGGGACCGUGAGAUGCAAAUGGAGUUGGAGGAGUGAAAUAUAUACUAUAUUAUAUAAGGCCUCUUUUGGGAGAG